UUCAAUUGAGUUUUCAUCUCUUAUAAGGCAAUUAAAAUAUACUAAAAGUUCACAUAUUUCAAAUUUUCUUUAAAAAAAUUUUGCUCUUAAUAGAUAUAACAAUGACCACAGAAGACAGCUCUUGGGUAUUUGAUUCUCUUGUAUGUUUUUUACAUGGACCUGUCUGGAAUGCUCCACUGCAAACUUUUAUUGAAGAAAAAUCCUUAAUUUUCGAUCCAAAUUCACCUUUAAAUGAAUCAAAUCCUGAAUAUAAAAAAAUUCAUAACGAAUAUAAAAAUUUAGUUGAUUAUAUGCUUGGUAGUUUUAUGGACGAAAUGCAAAUUACCCCAGAACAAUUCGAAAUUGCAUGUCUCGAAGGGAAAAAUCAACAGCAAUCAGAUAAUAACGCAUUUAGUUUUCACCAAGGACUUUUUCAACAGAUAUGGGCUGCUAAUGAUAUCAAAAUUUUUAUUAGAAUGAUGACUCAACGUAAUGUUGAAUUACAACUUCAAGCAUUAGAUUUAUUAGAAAGAAGGCAAAAUUCAAGUUCUGUCGAUAGUGAAAAUACAGAACAAUUGGAAAAUAUAGAAAAAGCUGAAACUAAUUUACUUUCAACAACUGAAGAGGAAAUUACUCAAGAGCUUGAGAAAGUCGUUGAGAGUGAGCUUGCUAUGCCAAAAGAGGGUGAUUUAAGACCUUUAAAGAAAUCUUCAAAAAGAGUUACAAUAGAUGAUAACGAAAUUACAAAAAUAUUAACAGAUGAAACUUCACCGAAAGAUGAUAGAUUUGAUCGAUUAAAUUUAUUUUUUGAAAAUCAAGAAGUUAGUUCUGAAGAUAUAAAAUCCCGACAGGAAUACUUAAGAUCUCAGCGUGAUAAAAUUUUAGAGAUUAAAAAAAAAGCCAGGGCAAGACAACUUAACGAAUCAGCUAAACGAAAUCAAGAUUCUCAGCAGAGUACAUCGGGAAAAGGAAAUCGUCCGACAUCAUCUCAAGCCGCACAAAAUGCUUUAAGAGGAAAUACCAGUGAAAUUGUUCCGAAAAAUAACGACGCAAUGCAAUUACGAAAAACUUUAGCUAUGAGAUUAAGGACGGAAGUAGUAGAAAAACAGUAAUUAUAUUAUGACAAUUAUACAUAGAAGUUUAUAAUAGCUAUAAAAGCUAAAAAGGAAUACUACAAUAGUAUAGUAAUGAAAAAAGAAAUUUAUGAAUUUAACUAAUUAAAUUAUUAAAAAUUAA